GAUGCUGCUCUGGUAGCCCGUGCUGCUACCUUGGCCAGUGUCCCAGGAGCCCCAGAGAUGGCUUUUUCCCCGAGAGGGAUCCCAUGCCACCUGCAAGACAGCAUCACCGCCUUGCUGGGGUCAAAGGAAAUCAUCCUGGUGAAGCCUAUCCAGCUGCAGGUCAAAUCCAAGUAUGAAGAUGACAUCUUGGUUUUAACCCCCUGGAGGGCAUAUGUGCUGCAGGUGAUGCUCCCGGUCAGGGUGUGGAGCAGCUUCAGCUUCCUGGAGGUGAAAGAAAUCACGAUCCAGGAGCCCAGCCUGGUUGUCAUAGAUACAGAUACAGCCUCUUACGCCUUCCAGUUCGUGUCACUAUACGACUUGGAGCAGGUGGUCAGCCAUAUCACCAUGUCGCUUAAGAAGGUCUUUCCAGACUCUUCCCCCGGAAAACUGCUCAAAAACUAUCCCUCCAGUUUGUUCGAGAGAAUUCAAAGAAUAACAGACUCCCUGAAGGAAAUGCUGCAGAAUAACCAAGGACCGUGUGGUGGGUUUUCGGAGACAUAUGCUGCUUUAUGUGACUACAACGGCUUCACCUUCAGAGAGGAGAUCCAGUGGGAUGUGGACAAUAUCUACCACAGCCAAGACUGCCGAGAGUUCAACCUGUUGGACUUCGCUCACCUAGAGAGCAGAGACGUAGCCCUUAGCAUCACGGCGCUGUCGUUUAACCUGUGGUUCACCAAGCUGUACUGUAAGGACUUCAGGCUGAAUCUGGAGAUUUCUGAACAGCUUCUGUACAUGCUCAGCAAAUCGGUGAAACUGGAGGAGCUGGUGCUGGAAAACACCGGGUUAAAAUUUGAAUUUGCCCAGAGGAUGGCCCAGGCGUUAAGAGGAAACCCGGACUCGGCUCUAAGCGCCAUCAGCCUGGCUGGCAACCAGCUGGAGGACAAAGGGAUAACUGCAUUCAGCCAGCACAUCGAGAAAUGCACCAAGGGCCUGCGCAGCCUGAACUUCUCUAGGACCUCGCUGACCUCCAAAGGAGCAAGCACUUUAUGCCAGUCCCUUGCAUCUAAUGGAAUCUUCAGCACCUCACUUCAGCACCUGGAUCUCUCGGGGAAUCCUGGCGUCCUUGCCACGGACGAUGCCAGCAGCUUGCACAGCUUCCUCAGCCACGCAAACUCGGUGUCUCACCUUAACCUGGCUGGCACAGACUGUGCUUUGGAUGCACUGUUCGGAGCAUUGGCCAUCGGCUGCUGUGCCAAUCUCGCCCACCUGGAUGUCUCCAAGAACGUGUACUCGCACAGAAAGCCGAGAGAUGUCCCUCCGGCCAUCAAACUGUUCUUCAGCAAAGCGGCUGCCCUCCGAUACGUCAGCCUGGCGUGUAUCAAGCUACCGCCAGAGGCUGUAAGGGCCUUGCUGCAGGGGUUAGCAUAUAACUCUCAGAUCAGUGACCUGCACCUGGACCUCAGUAGCUGCGAGUUGCGAUCGGCAGGUGCCCAGGUGAUCCAAGAUCUGAUUUUUGAUGCCAAUGCAAUUAGCAAUUUGGAUUUAUCAGACAAUGGCUUUGAUGCUGACAUGGUCACGUUGGUGCUGGCGAUAGGCCGAAGCAAAUCCAUUAGGCAUGUCUCCUUAGGAAAGAAUUUUAACAUCAAAUCCAAGGACAAUCUGGCUGACGUUCUCCACCGGAUUGUUCAGCUCACGCAGGAAGAUGACUGCCCUCUUCAAUCCCUGUCCGUGGCCGAAUCGCGACUGAAAUUGGGAACCAAUGUCCUCCUGAAUGCACUGGGAAGUAACACCAGCCUCAGCACGCUGGACAUCAGUGGGAACGCCAUUGGCGACACUGGAGCCAAGAUGCUGGCCAAAGCCUUGCAGAUCAACACAAAACUCAGGACAGUAAUUUGGGACAGAAACAACACCACGGCCCAUGGAUUCCUUGAUGUUGCCCGUGCUUUGGAAAGGAAUUACACCCUGCGCUCCAUGCCUUUGCCAAUGAGCGACGUGACUCAGGCUUAUCGGAGCAAUCCGGAGAAGACGGAGGAGGCUGUCCACAAGAUGCAGUCUUUCCUGGCGAGGAAUCAGAUGCGGCGGACCCUGCCUAAGCAAACCUUCCGGCUGCAGCAGGGAAUCAUCACCAGCUCCUCAGAACAGAUGGUGAAUGAGAUGUGCACCAGCCUACAGAAGCAUGUCGAUGCCCUGAGUGCCCGUCUGGGCCGAGAGGUGGAAGCCAGUGUCCUCUGUGCAGAAGAAGCCAUUCGGGAAGCAAACCUGUCCAUCAGCCUUUUGCCACUCCUAUACGAGACCGGGAACGCCCCGUACCAGAACUGCCAGCUGCAGCACAAGCUGGAAUGCCUCACUGAAGCAGCCUCACAGGCCUGCAGCCGGGAGAUCCAGGCUAUUAUGCAGGCCGUGCUGGAUACCACCCAGAAUCUGUGUCCAACAGUUCUGCAGAAGAGUGGCGUUCGGGACCGGCUGGUCCACACGAUCUCUGAGCGAAUCAUCCUUCAGGACCAUCUCCACCUGAGCACCGUCCUGGACCAGCUGGUCACCGAUGUGUUCAGCAAGCUGACCGAAAUCAGGCUGUCUGUCAUUGCGGCCGUGGCCGACGGGCUGAUCGACGAGGUGCUGGAGGACCUGACAAGUGCUCGGUGCCGGCUGGCAGAAAAUCUCCCCAAGCAAACUCCGGAUCUUCAUAUGCUACCGACAGACAAUACUGAGGAGGAGGAUUUUCUGCUAAAGAAGAGCAGGAAUCUGCUGGAUGUUGCUGAGCAAAGCUUUGCAGCUGAGGAGUAUAAGACGGCUCUGAGAAGGAAAAACAAGCACUUCAGGAGCAUCCGGCCCACGCCCACCAUGAGAAGUCCGUCGGAGCUCGAUCUUCAGGCAGAGGCAGAAGAUAACGAGAUUGGAGCUCACCAGGCUCUGCUGUCAGUCAGCUGUGCCUCUCUGAAGUCACGCCCUGCCUCCACAAAGGAUGCUGAGCCUGGAAGCAGUUUGCUUCCUUUCCCAGAGCCUGCACCCACACAAUCCCUUAUGGACCUGCCAACUGAGGGAGAGAAACUGGAGCAUUACACCCGAGCUAGGCCCCGGCCCAACCGCAGGAACAGGCAGCCUCCAAGCAAGCCACAUGUCCAGCCUGCCCCGUCGGAGAAUGACGAGGACAGAAGCAUUACUUGCGUGGACGAAGGGCUAGAGGAGUUCUUUACCAAGAAGCUGAUCCAAGAGGAACUGCCCCCAGCCCCCCGGGGGAUCUCUUCUGGCUCAACCCCACUCACGCCGUCUGGCACCCGGACUUUCAAAAAGAAAAUAGGAAACUUCUUUGCGUUCAAGAAGCCGAAGUCCAGCCGGGGCUGGAAGUGCGAGAAGGAGCCGGAGGGCAGCCCCUCGGCAGCUAAGGGCAGGAAGUCCACGCGCGGUGACAUUUCUAAGCCUCCCAGUAAGGCAGAGGAGCCUGGGAAGGCACUGAGCAAAUCCGAAGAGGGUGGGCUUGCCGUGGAGCCCAGGGCCAAUGCAGAGCCCAGCCAGACCCCCGAUGCUGCCCACAGGCUCAGGCCCAAGUACGCCCGAGAGGGCAAGUCGCAGUCACUCAUACUCCUGUCUGGCGAGGACGAAGAGGCCUUAGGAGUGAAACAUGAAAAGAGGCGGCACCUUGAGAAGAGCGAUGGGGAGAUCCCCAGCUCCUUUGAGCAGCGCGUCCAUGUUAUGCUGCACCGGAUCGGGGUCACCAAAGUCCUGUCCUCCGAGGGGAAGAAGAAGCAGAGUAAAGAAGGAGAGAUCAAAAAAGCUGGUUCAGAUGGAGACAUCAUGGACAGCGCAGCCGGCUCCCCUCCCCUUGUCUUGAAAUCUCGCACACACUCUGUGUCCACAGACCCGUCCGCGCGAAGCGGCCCUGCCGAUGCAGUGGGCCAAGCUGCGGCCGAGCCCAGCGACGUGCGGCUCUCCUGGAAGGCCCUGGGGAAGCAGCUGAAUGCCGAGCUCAAGGGCAAGUGUUCUGAACUCCAUUCUUCCCCCAGGCGCUCCUUUGUCGUUCAAGAGCAGAGCAGCUCCACAGAGCAGCAGGUCCGAGAGAGCUGGAGCAGCAGCUUGCCCAGGCCUGGGAGGAGCACGCCUACCCCUGUGCCAAGGAGAAUUAGCAACGCAGGCGCUAGCAGGGACAGCAUAGAUGCAAUCGCUGCAGACAAUUGUGUGAAACCCAAGCCUCGUCUGAAAAACGUGGCCACCAGGCGUGCCAUUUCCGUUCACGAAGAACAGCUCAGGGAGCAGGGCUGCACGGCCGCUCUGGAGAGUGUAAAAAUCCCCCUUCGCCUGCAGCGCUCGCCAGUCCUGAAACGGAAGCCGAAGCCCAACUCCGUGGUGGACGUGGCAGGGAGCAGCACGCCCAGCGCCCCAGCAGCACUGCAGGACACACUGCCACAGGACGAGCACGGGGCCACAGCCGAACUGCAGGGGGAGCAGCCGCAAGCCAUGGAACCACGAGUUGAAAAUGCACCGAACAGCCAUACACCAAAGAGCAGCGGCUCCAGGCCUGCCAGCAGCCCCCCAGGGACAAUGAGUUAGUGGGGGCUGCGGCCCGCUGUCCUUUCCAAUAAAACACUGCGACCGAGGGGAAGCUGAAGGGUUAUGAUUUGCAACAGCAGCUCAAGCACCCGUGCAGUGUAGGGCACCAUGGUACAAGCCACGGGCAGAUGGAGGAGGCGGCCCCCAGCCUGUUCCCACUCCCUUCGCUGCUCCCAGGUGUAGAACAUUAGGGCUUCCUCUGGAAACGGGGACAGAGCAGGGCCUGCUAACACUUCCUGAACCAUCUACGAGAGGACCCCCUUUCCAGCUCCCACUACCCUCCGGUGGUCUCAUACUGCGCCCAGCUGGCUUUACACAAGCUCCAGCUGGCUAAAACCGAGCUGCCAAAAGCCAGUAGCUGAGUUUGCCACCAGCCUAAGCUUUUCCUGGAGCACGUGGCUCUUCGGAUGCAUGCACAGCUAUUAAGUAUGCAGCAAUAGCAGGUGUGGGCCAGUGGUUCGGGCCAAUGGCUUGGGUGUUUGCCAUACAUGGGGACUUGCCUUGCGUUGUACAGCCCCGGAGCAACAGGGCUGCACAAUGCUGAAUUAGGUGAUUUGCAGGGAGGGUGUGGCACUCGCAUCCAAACCUACUCAGUACAGAACAAUCUGCCUCUUCUGGGGGCCAGAAGGGUUGUUCCCCUCCAACCAUUAGUCUGGGUGCAGGCCCUCGGCUUGGUUCAACCUGUCUGCACGAUCCUGUCGUUCUUACUCAAGCAGAUCCUCCGGUGCCAGCAACAGGAGUUUGGGCUGAAGGCACAGGCCUCGUGCUCUGUGCACGCUGGCCCUGCGUUCUGCGCUGCUCCACCGUGGCAGACUGGAAAGUCUGUGGCACCACUCAGUUGAAAAAACAAAUCUGGAGGGUUUGAUUAAAAUGGGAACAUGACUAAUCGAAGCAGUGUAGCUCCCUGUGGUGUUGCUCCUGCUGGUGCAUUUAUUUCAGGCUGCCCCAUCAUUUCAGUGUGCUGCAGAACUGGGUACUGAAACUGAGCAACUGCUGGGAAGCCAGCAGCAGGUUUAAGGCAGCUGGACAAGGCGUGGGGGUGGGGGUUGAUAUGCACAGGAACUCUGUGUUUGCUAAGGUGAGCUGCUGGGAGGCUUUGAUGUCAUCAAGCUGCUGUGAAGAAUGGAGCUGUUCAGACCUGUCGUGCUCCUGGUUCAGGCUGGCUGCAGCCUUUAUGGGUCAGUCACAUUUGGGUCUUGGGUGAGGUUUUUGUCACUAAAUAGUUUCUAGCCCUUGUGCUAAUGUAAUUGAAAGAAAGUCUGGAGCAAAAUUCUGCAGUAAAAAUACAAGUGAUUCCGUCCCCAGGCUCACAGCUGAAGGCAGUGGUCCCCAAACUUUUUACAUCACUCCCCUGCUCCCCAUCCAUGUGGUCCCCCAAGCCAUGGUCCGAGCUGGGGGUGGCAAUCAGGGCUGCUGCCAGGUCCAGCGGUGCAGCCGGGCUGGGAGCCAGGGGCUGAGACCAGAGCUACAGCUAGGGGUGGGGGUGGGGCAUUCCCUCUCUGCUUCCCCCCCACCCCACAAGCGUUCCUCCACACCUCCCCCUCCCCUAGUUUGGGAACCACUAUCCUAAGGCAACAAAACUUCCCUUAGCCCUGCUAUUUACCAUCCACAACUGUCCCUACUCCUCUGACAGACAAUACCUGACCGUAGCUCAACUAGGCCCACAUAAAGAAGAGUGAAGGGCAUCAUCUCUGUAUUCUUUGGUUCUCCUUCCAGAUCGGCAGCAUGCCCCCUGCCGCACCUGACGUUUGCGAGGGGGGAUGAGG